AUGCCAGAACAACUAAACGUUAUAGCCCUCAUAUCUGGCGGGAAGGAUUCACUCUAUACCAUCCUACACUGCCUGAAAAAUGGUCAUCGAGUCGUUGCACUCGCAAAUCUAUACCCCCCACCUCGACCAGGACGAACUGAAGGGCCUGAUGAUGAUACUGCGGAAGAAGACGCGGACCUGGACAGCUACAUGUACCAAACCAUUGGAUACAGUAUAAUUCCACUUUACAAAUCGGCAUUGGACAUCCCUUUAUUCCGGCAGGAAAUUCGCGGUAGUGCAAUAGAUACGUCUCGGGACUAUUAUUACCACCAGCCUGCCGUAAACGUGCCGGGGGAGAAAUGCGAGGAAAAACAAGAUGAAACGGAAUCUAUCUAUCAGCUACUUAUACGGGUCAUGGAUGCCCAUCCGGAAGCGAAUGCAAUCUGCGCGGGCGCAGUUCUGUCCACGUACCAGAGGACAAGAAUUGAAAACGUUGCAUUGCGGUUGAAUCUCGUACCUCUGGCGUGGCUGUGGAUGUAUCCUUAUCUCCCUGCGCCUGCACAGCGUGAGAACGGGGAUACCGAGUCUGGACCUGGAGCUAGGACUCCGCUAACGGGGUUGCUAGACGAUAUGGCUGCAUGCGGAUGCGAAGCAAGAAUAAUAAAAGUAGCAAGUGGGGGACUAGAUGAGAGUACCUUAUGGGGUGAUAUCGCUAGUAAAGACGGGAUAGUGAGGAGAACUAUGGUGAGAAAACUGGGGCGGUUCCUUAAUGAAGGAAUUGAAGCUGCCGUGUUGGGUGAAGGAGGGGAAUAUGAGAGUCUUGCUAUAGACGGGCCACGGGUUUUAUGGAAGAAGAGGAUCCAAAUUGACUCUGCGGAGAGGCGGGUUGGAGAGGCUGGUGUGGCGUUUUUAUCCCUCAGGGGCGCUAGGUGUGUCGACAAGGAGCCGCUUGACAAUGAAAAUGAGGCAACACUAGAUGAUGUGAGGACACCUCAGAUUUUUGAUGAUGAAUUUAGACGUGUUCUGGAUUCCAUGAAGGUUAAUGAGGUGAAGCAUAACGCUCCGUUAUACCAGAUACAGGAGGUUAGCGGGUAUGAGAGAGCUAUGGUGCAGCUCAGGGAGUCUGGGAACUUCUUGAAUACCUACAACUUGACAGCACCCGAAGCCGGGAAUGGAGCUUCCAGACAAAUGGAUGCAAUUAAGGGGAAACUAGCAACACUUCUAAAUUCUCGGAAGAAGAAGGAUGGAGAAGUGUUGACUACAAACGACGCUAUCUUCAGCACCAUCUUACUCCGAUCAAUGGACGAUUUUGCAUCCGUUAACGCUAUAUAUUCCAGCUUAUUCACUCAGCCCAACCCACCAGCAAGAGUCACGCUAGCAUGUGGAGACAAUUUACCUACGGGAGUUGAUAUCAUGAUAUCCUUUACUUUCUACCUAUGGCCAAGGACCCUACUGCAGGCGCUACAUGUCCAAUCUCGGUCCUACUGGGCUCCAGCAAAUAUAGGUCCUUAUUCCCAGGCAAUAUGCGCGCCGAUGCGGUCCGCUUCUGGGCUGACGCAGAUAGCCGGACCCGUUUUCAUUGCCGGCCAAAUCCCACUGGAACCUAGCUCGAUGCAAUUAUACUUAUAUAGUGGAGAUACUGGAGGGGACAUGUUAUUAUUUCACUCUCAAGCUGUCCUGUCACUGCAGCAUCUGUGGAGAAUAGGCAAGGCCACGGGAGUGGGGUGGUGGACGGGAGCUGCGGCAUUCCUUUCUACCGGUGCUGACGUUCGGUCUAGAGCUGCUGUGGCGUGGGAUAUAUGGAAAUUUAUGAAUGAAGACCACAGCACCGAAGACCCGGAAGAAGAGGAUAACAAUCCGUCUAAUUUUGAUGUCUGGCAUAUGAAGUAUGGGGGGCAAUACGGCCAACCAAAGGCAGAAGUGUCUACACGCCCGAUGCCGGACUUUAACAUUGUCAAUGGGGAACCAGCUAUACCGUCUUUCUUCGCUAUUGAGGUCGAUGAACUACCCCGAGGAAGUAGUAUCGAAUGGCAGGGCCUUGGGUUACGAGCAAGCAGCGUUACUUUGGCAUACGAUCAAACCGAUGAGCUGCAGAUUCUACAUGCGUCGGGGCCCGAGUUUGGCUGCUAUACAUCUAUUGCCGUCAUGGCGCAUCCAAACACUGAUCUAGAAGCUUUGUUGCAAAAGGCAGUGUUAAUAGCUGCGGAAAAGCUGCCUCAAGGAGGCAUUUUUUCCCAUAUGGCCAUUUACACACCGCAUGCCGCAAAACUCAAAGAUUGGGAGGGUCAGGUCAUUCCGUGUAAGGCUGUGUAUGGACCUCGAGCACAAGAGCUUGUUGCUGGUCUUAUUUUUCAAACACCCUCGCCAUAG